AUGAAUUUCUCAUACGUCGAGUUCCCCUUUACUGUCGAUGCAAACACCUUUAAGCCAUAUUUCAAUGCAAGCAACGUAAUACUACCACGACAGCGCGACAAAUCCCUGCUUGUCAGCGAUGGCCAGCGUGCAACAGAUAAGGAGGGCCGGCAGCAGCAGUCAAAUCAACCGGAAUCACUGCGUCAUUUGGCGCUCGAUGCCAUCAUUGCCAAUUGGAAUGACAAUCCCAUCUUCGAGGAGUUGACACGACAAGAGGAUCGCAACUACCUACUCGCACACCUGGACACACAAUUGCCACUCACGCUGCUCAGCGAACGCAUACGUGACAACUUCUUUUGGCGCCGUUGUUGUCAGCAACGCUGGAAGCCCCACCACCACACCAAUAGCUUGACACAGGCACAGCCAUGGAUUAGCAUCUACAUGCAGCGACAUCUGCAGGAGUUCAUCGAAUGCAUGGAGACGUGCGAUUACGAACAGGAACAGACGCAAGCGGAGUUGGACAUUUGUGCGGCAUAUGUAAAUCAACUGGAGAUAAAGUGUUUGCAACCUGCCGCCGAUGGACGUAAUGAUCACAUUCCACUCGAUUUCAUAUUGAGCAACUUGCCCGAACUGCAAACGCUACGCUUGACUUACGCCACCAAGACGGUGGGCAGUAACUUUUGUCUGGGCAGUAAUACACUUUCGCAGAAGGACGUAAUAACGUUGUCACGCGGCCUGAGUCAAUGUCAUGAGUUAGUUACAUUCUGUUUGCAUAGCACCAAACUUGAAUCAUAUCAGCUUCCGUUUCUGGCGCGAGCUCUGGAUAAAGGCUGUCACAAACUGACUUCGUUGUCUAUAAUUCACUGCACUAUUCGCGAUGCUGGGAUUAAGGAAUUUUUGAGUACAUGCAACAAGGAAUCCUUCGGUACACUGGAAGUGCUCGAUCUAACGGAUAAUAGAAUCACCUCCGAGGGCGCUUACGUACUUAGCCGCACCAUUAAAGGCCUUUCGUUGCGCAAGCUAAUUCUACGCCUGAAUCCAAUUGAGAGUGAUGGUGUUGCCGCAAUUUUCUCGCUCAUGCAACGCAUGCCAGUGGAAGCGCUCGACAUUAGCGGCUGUUCCGUAUGUCCGUCGAUAACAAAACUAUUCAUGCAAUUGCUUAUUCAAAAUAAGUCACUUGUGAACAUCGAUAUUUCAAAUAACGAAUUAGGCGAGGAAUUCGGCAAGCAACUACAUAAAAUUAUUGGUUUCAAUAAAGUUCUACAGCAUUUGGAUUUGCGCAACACUGGCAUGAAUUUGGAAUUACGUACCAAAAUAAAAGAGGUUCUCAAAA